AUGGAAUCAGGAUUAAAUAUAAUUAAUUCUAAAUAUAUAGAUUGUGAUGCAAGAUAUAGGGUACAUAAAAGAAGUAAGACUGUUCCUUUGUUAAAAUCAUACCAACGUUUACAAUCUUCUAGAUAUAAAUAUUCAUGUUAUUCUUCAAAAUUGAUAUCAAAAAAUGGUUUAUUAAAGAUAUUGUUCAUAAUUAUUACUAUAUUAAUAGUUAUUGAUAUGAUAUUACGAUAUUAUGGAAUAUUCUUUUUUAAUGCUCUCUUUUUUUCAACACAAUCAACAAAAGCAGAUGGUGAAAAUAUAAAUUUUGAAAUAUUAAGAAGUACUUUCGAACAUUUUAAUAAGUUAGAUAGUAAAAGUAUCUCUUUAGCACAAAUGAGUAAUGGAAUUGGAGUAACUAGUAAUAGAUUUUUAUCUUCAAGAAGUAAGAUAUAUGAAAUAAAUUUUGAAAGUAUUUUAUAUAGUAGAAGUAAUAUAAAUUCAUUACAAAAAAGAAUUAAAGCAGAUAUUGAAAGAGGUAAAAUUAGUGAUAUUGUCGGAUUAAUGGUAUUAUUAUUAAAACAUAAGAAGAUAGGAACUGAAUCUCCACUUUAUAAUAUCAUUAGAAUAUUACCACCUACAGAUUGGUAUACUGAAAAUGGAUUAUUUUCAAUGUCAAAGACAGAUUUUGAUGUUGCAUCUUAUGGUACAACAAUGCAAGGAAUUUAUGCAGAUGCUGAAAAACAUUGUAAUUCUGCAACAUCAUAUAUAUAUUCAAUACAAAUAAAACGUGAACUUGGAUUACCUUUAACAGCUGACCAUUCUAGUAGGGCACCAAUAACACAAGCAGAUGUUCAGUGGGCUUAUAUGAUUAUACGAACAUAUUCAUUAAGUAUAGAAAAUGGUCUUGCAUUUAUACCACCUACCUUAUUUAUUAGAAAAGUAAAUAAAGUAUCUUCAAUAAGGAUAGAAAUAGAUAAAGAAGAGGAUAAUAAGAAUAUUAAAGGGAUUUCAAUUUAUACAUUAGGAAAUAUACAGAAAGGUGAAGAAAUGGUUUUUGAAGAUUUUAAAGGUAUGACAGAUGCAGAAAUAUAUGUAAAUCGUGGAUUUUGGUUAUUACCACCUCAUAGAAUGGUCAUGCCUGUGGUAUACCCUUUAAACCUACUUUCUGAUGAUGAAAAUUUACAGAAAAGUUUACAAAUAUUACAUGAUUUUAACUGUUCUUUAAAUUAUACACAUUAUUAUCAAAUUGAACAGAAUAUCCCAUUAUUAAAUGAUUUUAUACGUUGUUUAAAAAUUAUUGCUUUAAUUAGAUCAAAGAUACCUAGUGAAAUAUUAUUAAAUAAUGGGCAAAAUUUAUUAGGUAAACCUUCUACUCAGAAAUGUGAAGUUGAUGCAGCAGCAAUUGGUAUAUCAAUAAUACAACAGAAAAUAGAUAAAUUGAGAUCUUCUGCUUUAAAAGUAAUUGAUCAUUUUGGACAUAAGACGACUCUUGAAUUACCUGUUAUAAAAGUUAGAGAAGCAGAAAUGACUAUAUUAAAAGAUAUUAUAAAAAUAUUGCAUAAUUGGUAUAAUAUUGUAAGUGAUGCUGAUACAUAUGAAGCUUAUUAUUUUGACUUAUUUUCAAGUAUUCAAGGUUUUGAAAAUUAG